AUGAAAUAAGUUAAAAAUGCCAAGAAAAUAAAAAAAUAAAAAAAAUAGAAAAUGUAGGUUCAAAAGGCAUCCCAGCCAUUACCAGAUGAAAAUAGUAAUUUACAAAAAUUAUUUUAUUAGAAAAUAAUGGUUAAGAGGAUUAAAGUGCAAUAGAAAAUUAUGAGGUCUCCUUCUUGGACCCUGAGGAAGGUGAUUAUGAUGAAAUUUGUGAUAAUGGUAAGGCAAAUAAAUAAUUAAAAUAGGAUAGGAAAUAUAAGAAUAUGAUGAUCAUCAAGGUGCAAUAGGCCAUUUCAAUAUAGCAAUUUAAAUAGAUCCAAAUAAUUCUUAUGCAUAUUAUUUAAAAAGUAUUUGA